UGCUGGGAGGAGCUGCCCAGGUGUGCUGAGGGGCCUGUACUCAGGAAGAGAAACAGGGAGUCUUCCACAGCACUAGAAAAACAUCCCAACUCACCAAUGACAGCAAAGCAGAUAUUGGAAGUCAUUCAGAAAGAAGGUUUAAAAGAAACAAGAAAUGGAACUUCUCCAUUAGCUUGUCUGAAUGCAAUGCUUCAUACUAACACUCGAAUAGGGGAUGGAACAUUCUUCAAAAUCCCUGGGAAGUCAGGCCUCUAUGCUCUCAAAAAAGAGGAAUCACCAUGCCCAGCUGAUGGAACUUUGGAUUUAGGCUGUGAGUCUGAACUGGAUGGUACAGAGAUGGCAGAAGCCAGUGCCAAUGGAGAAGGAAAUGGAGUUUGUGUGAAGCAGGUAACUGAUGAAACAUCUUCCACUCGAGAUUCAAGCCUAACUAAUACAGCCGUGCAAAGUAAAUUAGUGUCUUCCUUUCAGCAACACACCAAAAAGGCUCUUAAACAGGCUUUGAGACAGCAGCAGAAACGAAGAAAUGGAGUCUCAAUGAUGGUAAACAAGACUGUUCCUCGUGUUGUUUUGACACCAUUAAAGGUGUCUGAUGAGCAGUCGGAUUCACCUUCAGGAUCCGAAUCUAAAAAUGGUGAAGCAGACAGUUCAGAUAAAGAAAUGAAACAUGGGCAAAAAUCUCCCACUGGAAAACAAACAAGUCAGCACUUAAAACGAUUAAAAAAGUCUGGUUUAGGACACUUGAAAUGGACCAAAGCUGAGGACAUUGACAUAGAAACCCCAGGAUCUAUUCUUGUCAACACUAAUUUAAGGGCAUUAAUAAAUAAGCAUACCUUUGCUUCUUUACCUCAGCAUUUUCAACAAUACCUCCUGCUUUUACUCCCAGAAGUGGAUAGGCAGAUGGGAAGUGAUGGAAUUUUACGCCUCAGUACUUCCGCUCUAAAUAAUGAGUUUUUUGCAUAUGCAGCACAAGGAUGGAAACAGCGGCUAGCAGAAGGAGAAUUUACUCCAGAAAUGCAAUUACGGAUAAGGCAAGAAAUUGAGAAGGAAAAGAAAACAGAACCUUGGAAAGAAAAAUUCUUUGAAAGGUUUUACGGAGAAAAGUUGGGCAUGUCAAAAGAGGAAGCAGUAAAGCUCAUUUCUGGAACAAACAAUGAUGGAGCUGAAAGUAGUAGUUCUUCCUGUGGGACCUCUGGCCUUUCAGGGCUUUCUGCAGAGAAACCCUUGGAAGAAAAACAAUCAAAAUGCACAAAGAAUCCAAUUCCUUCGGAGCCUGAUUACUGUGCUACACUUCAUCCAAUGGCUGAUGGAAGAAAAGAUGUAAUGGCAGAAUCAGAAUCCGAGGAUAUCUUAAUCCCGGAAGAAUCUGUGAUUCAAGAGGAAAUUGCAGAAGAGGUAGAGACUAGUAUCUGUGAAUGCCAGGAUGAAAAUCAUAAGACAAUAACUGAGUUUUCUGAGGAGUCUGAAAGUCCAGCUAACUCUCAGGAAGACCCUCCAGUAGCACCUCCUGAAGAUAAUUUGGAAUCUUGUGUUAUGAUGAAUGAUGUUCUAGAAACUUUGCCUCAUAUUGAAGUUAAGGUGGAAGAAAAAUCAGAAGCUCCUCAGGAAGAAAUGUCAGUCGUUAUUGAUCAGCUUGAAAUCUGUGAGUCUAUCAUUCCUGCCACCUUAUCUGUAACUCAUGUAAGUGACACAGAACAAAAGGAAUCAGAAUCUGCAAUAGAGACUAAUCCUCUAAAAAUAAAAGUAGGAUCAUCUUUGGAAGACCAGUUUCCAAGUGAAGGAAUCGCUGUUGAUAUGGAACUCCAAAGUGACCCUGAUGAGCAGCUUUCUGAAAAUGCUUGCAUCUCAGAAACGUCUUUUUCUUCUCAGAGCCCAGAGGGUAUCUGCACCAGUCUGGCAUCCCCGGGUGGGGAAAUACAAUCUACUUCAGAAGAAUCCUGUACUCCAGCCUCCCUUGAGAUGACAUUUUGUUCUGAAGUUUCCAGCACUGAAAAUACAGAAAAACAUAAGCAGAGAAAUCCUACUGACGAAAACCUUCAUGCAUCUUUGAUGUCAGAAGUGUCUCCAAUAUCCACUUCACCAGAAAUAUCAGAAGCUUCUUUGAUAUCCAAUUUACCCUUAACAUCCGAAGCAUCUCCAGUAUCCAAUGUACCUUUACCAUCAGAAACAUCACCCAUGUCUGAUUUACCUUUGACCUCAGAAACUUCUUCAGUGUCUUCCAUGCUUCUCACUUCUGAGACCACUUUUGUGUCCACUUUGCCACUUCCUGUAGAAGCAUCUCCAAUUUCUAAUUCUUCCAUGAAUGAAAGACAUCAACCCCAAAAGUCACCUUCCAUGUCUGAAGAACCAGUCUCCCCACAGAAACAGGAAGCUUCUACUUCUGUCAGGCCCCUGGGGGAAAGCCUUCUCUCUCAGCAGAAGAUCCUGUCAAGUGCUCCUGAAAUCAUCCUAAUGGGAUCUUCUUCAACUGCUCCUAAACCAUUUCCAGUUGAAGACUUACACAGUAAGACCUCAAACCAGCAGUCUUGUAAGUCAAAUGUUGAAGUUGAGAAGCCCUACCCAGCUUCCAUUUCCGAGCUUCCGUCAACAGAAAUGAUCCAAGUUAAAAGUCAUAAUGUUUUACAAAGGACAGACAAGAAAGGAGUUUCCUCAACAUUGGAAUUAUCUGUCUUUUCUGAGGAGACAGAAAGUAAAGGAAAUGAACUUACAUUAGCUAAAUUGCAGGACAAGCCAUAUGCCUCACCAGUGGAGAAGACUGCACUCCUAGAGGGCUCUCGAAAUAAAGCACAUAAGCAAGGGAGCUCACAGAAUCGAAUGGAAGCCUCCCAUAAUUCCAAAUUGUCAGAGCCUUCCAAGUCACCUGACAGCAUAAGAAAUGAAAGCAGAGAAUCAGAGAUAUCAAAAAGGAAAACUGCAGAGCAACAUAGCUUUGGAAUCUGUAAGGAAAAAAGGGCAAGGAUAGAAGAUGACUCCUCAGCCCGGAACAUAUCAUCUGGCAGCCCACCUGAAAAAGAACUGCCUGCAAGAGAAGAACCUAGAGUUCCACCUCUCAAGAUCCAGCUUUCCAAAAUUGGGCCACCAUUUAUUAUCAAGAGCCAACCCACCUCAAAACCCGAGUCACGAGCAUCUCCUAGUCCAUCAGUCAGCGCUGGGAGGAACACAGGAGCCAGGACCCUCGCAGAUAUCAAGGCCCGAGCCCAGCAAGCCAGGGCACAGCGAGAAGCUGCAGCAGCAGCAGCUGUAGCUGCUGCAGCCAGCAUUGUGUCCAGUGCCAUGGGGAGCCCAGGAGAAGGUGUAAAGGCAAGAACCCUGGCACACAUCAAAGAGCAGACAAAGGCCAAGCUCUUUGCAAAGCAUCAAGCCAGAGCCCACCUCUUUCAGAACACUAAAGAGUCCAGAUUGCCUCCCCUCAGCUCAAAGGAAGGGUCGCUGACCUUAGAAAUAGCUUCUCCUCCUGAAACAAAGAUCGAAGGCUCAACUGGUGUCAUUAUUGUCAAUCCAAACUGCAGAUCUCCUAGCAACAAGUCUGCUCACCUCCGCGACACCACCACUUUAUUACAGCCGCCUCUUAACCCAACAAAACUUGCAGAAACUGCCUCUGACUUAUCUGUGCAUAGUUCCGAUGAAAAUAUACCCAUGUCUCAUUUAGCCGAGGAAAUGGUCGCAUCUACCUCUUCUGAAAAUAGCAGUGUGCCCGUGCUUUUUAAUAAAAAUUCUGUCCCUGUGUCUGUUUGCAGCACUGCUAUGUCAGGAGCCAUUAAAGAACAUCCCUUUGUGAGUUCUGUGGAGAAGUCCUCUGUUCUAAUGUCUGUUGACAGUGCAAACACUACAAUUUCUGCUUGUAAUCUAAGCAUGUUGAAAACUAUCCAGGGGACCGACACUCCAUGCAUAGCCGUUAUACCAAAAUGUCUUGAGAGCUCAUCCAUUCCCACCGCGACAGAGGGCUCCAGUGUGUCACACUCCAUUGAGGACAAGCAGUUGCUGAUAGCAAGCAGUACUGCUAGUAACUUAGUCUCCAGCCAGUAUGCAUCUGUGCCAACUCCCUCCAUUGCAAAGAGCUUGACAAACCACCUCUCCACUAGCUCUGUCUUGAUUCCCCCAACAGGCAUCAGCAGCCGAUUUCCUUCUGAAAAGGUCUCUGUGCAGGGGAAUGAGGAGCAGGUCACAGGGACUGGGGGCUCUACUGUGAGAGCAACGCUCAGCUGCAGGGACUCAGCAGCCAUCACGGAUGCUCUGGUGACAUGCUCCCCCAUGGCAAUGUUCACCGGAAGCAUGCUGACAGUCAACUCGUAUGACAGCCCUUCCAAGUUAAGUGGUGAAAGUUUGGACAAACCUUCAGGACCUCAAAACAGGCCCGAUUCUCGUAAACCCCUGCCCCCUCCAGGAGGCUUUGUGCCCACAGCCAUCAAUCGAUCGAUCCCAUGUAAAGUUAUUGUUGAUCACAGCACCACGCUCACCUCCACCCUGUCUCUCACUGUCUCCAUUGAAAGUGCAGAAGCCAGCCUGGACCUCCAGAGCAGAUUGGUGAGAACAGAAAAGUCGGCCCAGCCUGUGACACGUCCUCAAGUGUCUGUCAUUAGCAGGCCUGAGCCAGUUGCUAAUGAAGCUGUAGAUCACAGUUCUAACUUGGUAGCCGCCUCCACGAAGCAAGAGUGUAAAACUACGCAGGCCGCCUGUGCGGGUCUCCGAGAAGGACCCCUGAUGGUUCCAGAUCCAUUAAAGGAGGGGACGAUGCCUAGCAAUAGCUUUGCCGAUCAGGCAAGGGGCCCAGUCCCAUUCAAAAGCGAAAAUGACACUCCCUGUAACAAUCAGUAUGUCCCAGGCAACCGGAUUUGCUGGAAUGAGGAUGGGAUGAGAAACACAGAGCAACCCCCUUUGAGUCACUCGGUUGCAAGUAAACAGAAAGACUAUCUAGAGCAGAGCUGCCCGAAGACGAUCAAAACCGAACACGCCAGCUACUCACACAUACCUGAACUUCACUCCAGGAAUCUCCUAACACAUGUCCCUCUCCCUGUGAAAUCAGAACCUCAUGAAGUGGAUAAGGGCUUUCGAAUGGACACUGAAACUUUCCCUGGCCCUGAACUUCCCCCUCCCGCCCCUGAGGCUGCCCCUAGUGUGCAGCAGACACAGAGCAUGAAGGCGCCACCCACUUCUGGUGCCAUGGAAGAGGCGAUUUCCUUGACUACAGACAACCUGAAAAGAGUCCCCAGCACAGGGAGCUCGAGCUGCCGCCUGUCAUCUGUAGAGGCUAACAACCCGCUGGUGACCCAGUUAUUACAGGGCAACCUGCCUUUGGAAAAAGUAUUGCCCCAACCCAGGUUGGGAGCUAAGCUCGAAAUUAAUAGGCUUCCUCUGCCUCUUCAAACUACCUCAGUGGGGAAAAUAACACCAGAGAGAAACAUUGUGGAAAUGCCGUCCAGCUCUCCAAAUCCAGAAGGCAAGGGCUACUUGGCAGGGACCCUUGCCCCACUACCCAUGAGAAAGCGAGAAAACCACCCCAAAAAGAGGGUAGCCAGAACUGUGGGGGAGCACACCCAAGUUAAAUGUGAGCCGGGGAAGCUGCUGGUGGAGCCAGAUAUUAAAGGGGUGCCUUGUGUCAACACUGGCCUAAAUCAGCUCGGGCACAGCCAGCCAUUUAAACAAGAGUGGCUAAGCAAGCACCCCAUGCAGAACAGAAUUGUCCACAGCCCCGAGGUCAAACAGCAAAAGCGUCUGCUCCCCUCCUGUAGCUUCCAGCAGAGUCUCUUCCACAUUGACAAGAAUGGUGGUUUCCAUCCCGAUGCUGGCACCUCCCACAGACAGCAGUUUUACCAAAUGCCCAUGGCUGCCAGGGGCCCCAUUCCCUCUACAGCUCUGUUGCAAGCCUCUGCCAAGCCCCCAGUGGCUUGUAAUGCGUUUGCCUUCAAUAGGCAUCUUGAACAAAAGGCGUUGGGCGAUGUUAGUCUUUCUUCGGCUCCUCACCAGCUAAGGCUCACUACCAUGCUGUCUCCCAGUAUGCCCAUCAAAGACGGUGAUGACGUGGGAGGGACUGCACACGCGAUGCCCAGCAAAGCCCUCGUGCAUCCCCCGCCCCCGCCCCCACCUCCCCCUCCACCCUUGGCUCUGCCCCCACCUCCUGCCCCACCACCUCCACUACCUCCACCUCUUCCCAACACAGAAGUCCCAUCCGACCAGAAACAAGCGCCAGUUACCAUGGAAACCACUAAGAGACUUAGUUGGCCACAGUCCACGGGCAUAUGUAGCAAUAUAAAAUCGGAACCUCUUUCUUUUGAGGAAGGUUUAAGCAGCAGCUGUGAACUGGGCAUGAAACAAGUUUCCUAUGACCAGAAUGAAAUGAAAGAACAGUUAAAAGCAUUUGCGCUAAAAAAUGCAGAUUUCUCUUCCUAUUUGCUUUCUGAGCCACAAAAGCCUUUUCCCCAAUUAACUGCUCAAAAAAUGCAGGUGCAGCAACAACAGCAGCUUUGUGGAAGUUACCCAACAAUACACUUCGGUAGCACGAGCUUCAAAAGGGCAGCAUCUGCAAUUGAAAAGUCCAUUGGGAUGUUGGGAAGUGGCUCCAGCUCUGCCACGGGCCUGCCUGGUCAGAACGCUCAGAUGCCCGUUCAGAACUUCGCCGACAGCAGCAAUGCAGAUGAAUUGGAACUGAAAUGCUCUUGCCGGCUGAAAGCCAUGAUUGUGUGCAAAGGCUGUGGAGCCUUCUGCCAUGACGACUGCAUAGGUCCUUCAAAACUAUGUGUAGCUUGUCUGGUUGUACGAUAAGAGCAGAAUGCAAGGUGCAGUAUCCCUUUUCAACAAGACAAGGCCAAGUGGUGUCAAUUACAAAAAAUAAUUGAAUAACUCAGUAGUUUAUAGCAUGCUAAUUUAUUUUAUUUUGGAGCAGAUUACCUUUUGGGUAUUAUUUUUUCCUUGCAUUUCUCAGAGAGGUGAGCUUGCACCCGAGCAGAGUGGCUUAGCAGCAUGUCCUAUGUACUAAAAGUUGCCAUUCUCAGCUUUGAAACAUGUGUCUUUCUACAUACAUAGCACCACUCCCAUUUAUCUUUUAUUCAUCCAGUUGUAGAUAGGAAAAUGAGCAUUUUUAAUAGAAGCCGGAGAAGC